CGUCAAGCAGCCGCUUCCUCUCCCCGCAAUCUCCUGCAGCCACAGCAGCGGUUUUAGGGAGCACCGAUAUCACGAGGAUGUCCACAGUUUGAAAUUCCACCGUCAGUUUCGUUUGUUUUUCGUUCUAGGAUCGCACGAGUGCAUGAGAUGAUGGACAGCAUCAACGGUGACGCCGACGAGCCAAAGUGAGCAAUGCAUUCCCACGCGCACGGCAAAUACGUACCUACUACGUGAUUUGUUCGGUCAGGGCGAAGCGCCGACACAGAGAGGACCAGCGGUCGUCUGACGGCUCUACAUGCGGUGAGCGGUGUGGAAUUGACGCCCGAGGAUGCUCACACACACCAAUGGCCCGUUUGCAGUGCAUGGAAUAUGUGAAUGGGCUCGGUGUGCGUGUGUGUGUGUGCAGAUGCCACCGACGUCAAGCUCCUGAAGUACCACUGCGACAGCUGCCACGUCAACUUCUCAUCAUCAGUCCGAGUGAAAUGCGCCGAGUGCAAGAACCUCGACCUUUGCGUUGAGUGUUUCUCGAGGGGCAUCGAGAAAGGCGAGCACAAGAGCUGGCGAACGCGGCAACGAACUCACGCGGCACACAUGCGACGCCACGAGAGUGUCCACCGUGGAUACUUCCACGGUCAGUUUUUUUGUUUGUCGCUCCGCGAUCGCACAGGUGCAUAACAUGAUGGACGCCGACUGCGAAGAGCCGAAGUGAGCAAUGCAUUCCCACAUGCACGGCAAAUACGCACCUGCUCAGUCACCUCGGUGGACAUCGAUAUAUUUGCGUGAUUUCUUCUUGGUCAGGCCGAAAAGAAGCCGUCAGGGAGAGGGUCCCAGCUCCUCUGACGGCUCCCUCUGCGGUGAGCGGUGGGGAAUGGGCGCCCGAGAAUGCUCACACACACAAAUGGCCCGUUUGCAGUGCAUGGAAUAUGUGAAUGGGCUCGGUGUGCGUGUGUGUGUGUGUGCAGGCACCGACGACGUGAAGCUGCUCAAGUAUCAUUGUGACGCUUGUCACAGCAGCUUCACGUCGUCGGUCCGGAUUACGUGCGCCCAGUGCCACAAUUUCGAUCUGUGUGUCGAAUGCUUUUCGCGCGGCGUCGAGCGCGGCCAGCACAAGAACACACACAAAUACUAUGUCCUGAUAAGACUCACAGACAGACAGACAGACAGCAUCAAGAGGCAGACAGAGAAAAAGGGCGAUAUGUCGACAUCGACUGGUGAUUGGAACUGCGUGUGUUGUGCUGUCCAGGCUUCUCAGGUGGUGAGCGGUGUGGAAUGGACGCUCGAGGAUGGCCUGGACGGCGCAUCCGUCUAUGACGCCUGCACUGGCGGAGGUACCUUGAUGAACAUUCGGUUCGAUGAAGGUGCGUGUGUCUCUCACUCUUGUGUUGUGUUGGGUGUUCGCAGGCCAUCAAUCGCUGUCUACAUUUUAUAUUCGAUAGGAGCAGUUUCAAAGUCACCGCAAAAAUGAGAAGCUUUCGCUGUCCCCUCACUGAUGGACUGCAACACACAAACACACAACCAUGACAGACGACAGGAGAUCGCCGCAGACAACUUGUAUGUAUGUGUCUCUGGUCUGUCGGCUGGUGGUGUGUAGUGUCUCGUCAACUUCCCUUCGUCGGUCCGAGUCAAAUGCGCCGAGUGCAAGAACUCCGACGUCUGUGUCGAGUGCUUCUCGCGGGGCGUCGAGCGGGGCGAGCACAAGAGCU